AUGGAGGCAAUACAGCUCUCAACACAGGGUGCAGAGCGGCAGAGAAAAGAUGUGAUGAAGCUAGCAGCUCGGUUCGAGCAAAUGAUGCGUGAUCGGAGGCACGACGAAUCUACGAAGGACCUCAAUGAUGAAGAAUUGCUGUCUAUGUUGAUACAGCGUUACAACAGCUACAAGGCCAACUCAGCGUUGAGGAAGUGGCAGCUGAAUGCCGAUGCUCAGGCUGCUAUCUUUGGAGUGAUCCGAGGCAUGUGCCCUGAAGCGCGCGCGCUUGUGCGUGCACAUUUGGACUUUAACAAGUACACGGAAUCUGCCUACAACGAGUCCAUCCUCCGCAGCAAGCGACAUCAACUUCAUGAGGCUCCCAAAAGAUGCCCACCAGCAUGGAUUGACAAGCUCACUGUCACGAAGGAAGCACAGAUCUUACAUUUCAGAAGAUACAACAUAUGGUGGGCAGCCAACAGCAAGCGUAUGAAACCUUCUAUGAGAACACGGCUACGCUGGAGCGAAGAAGUUUGGGGGCGAAGUGUGGAGAUGGCCUGCCUCACAGUUUGGGCAGUCAAUGAGGCAGCCAAAAAUCCAAGAGAUCUUUGGGACUAUGUCCAGGACUUGGAAGCAGUGCUCCUCAGCAAGCCCAACAAGUUUGGUGUGGAAGCGUUGGCAAUGUGGCAGGACUAUUGUGGAAGAGCGCUUGCGAAGGGCGCUUCAUCACUUGGGGGCGUGACGGAGUCCUCUGAGGUUGAAGAUGCUGAGGAGCUCCCCUCCCAAAUUUUGAUUGUAUUGCACAUGAGAGACCAAAUCCAGCAGGGUCUGGAUGUUGUGGGGCGCUUCAUGGAGAAGCGGGCUUACAUGGUUGUGGGGGAAAGAAGCCAGGGUGUUGCAGCUCUGCAACGACGCAUGCUUGCAGACGCCUCCACUAAGUUCAAUGCUCCUUUGGAUAUUUCGAAGAUGCACCAUGUCGGGUACAUUGACUUCAGCAAGUUUGGACGGCUGACUACUAUUGACAUCAACCAGGCGGCUGAGUGGGCAAAGAGCAUUCUGACUCUGAACGAUGAAUACAGUAUGAUCUUGGCUGUUGCACCUUUGCUGGCGUCAGAAGGCGUGCUUGGUGGCAUUCGGGGAGAGAUGCGGAGGAUUGAGGACAAGUUCAUUGACAACAUGAUGGAAUGCAAGUCCAUCAACAUACCCUUUGACUUGAGCAGCGACAAGGAGGAAACCUCCCAGUGGGUUUCUGGCUUGGCGACCCUGAAGGAAAUGAUGACCGCCUGUGUCAGCCGCGUGUCAUCGCUGAAGCAUCAGACCUGUCUCUUCCACCACUUCAGUUGCUAUGAGGGAAAUUUUGAGAAGGUGAUGCUUGAUCUGAUGGUUGAAUUGAAUGACAGGGUCUACAUUGGCUUUCAUUCUUCGGCUCCCAAUCAGACCGUCUUUGAGUUUGCAGCAGCUAGUGUGAAGGACAAGCUGCUGGAGGCACAGGAUUUCCUUAGCAAAGAUGUGAACAAGAACAAGGGGGUGGAGUUUAGAUUGGAUUCGGGCGAGUCCAUGGCCACUGUGCCUGCAUUUCAGCAAGCAUUCACA